AUGAAUAAUUUUUUUUUUGGGAUCCUAUUUAUUUUAGUUUAUAAUAGCCAUUGUUAUUCAAAUACACAUAGAUUUACAUAUUUAAGAACUUAUCAAAAUCCCAAAUUAGGCUGUGGCACCCAUUUCACUCCAAAUUCUUCUUCAAAUGAGCCUAAAAACUCUUUAAUUCGAAAUUUUUGUAUUAUUGCACAUGUUGACCAUGGGAAAUCCACAUUAGCUGAUCGAAUAUUAGAAUAUACGAAGUCUGUCAACCAUGUUAAUUCACAGCACCUUGAUAAUAUGGAACUUGAAAGGGAAAGGGGCAUUACUAUAAAAUUACAAAGUGCUCGUAUUAAAUAUACCGCUAAUGAUGGAAAUGAAUACACCCUGAACCUUAUAGACACACCUGGACACAUAGAUUUUAACCACGAAGCAACUAGAUCCAUUUCAGCUUGUGAAGGAGCGAUUUUAGUCGUUGAUGGAACUAAAGGAAUUCAAGCACAAACAAUCACCACUGCACAAAUUGCAAUUACGCGAGGGGUGGUUAUAAUACCGGUGGUUAACAAAAUUGACAUGGAGGCAUGUGAUUUUGAAGGAACAUCCAAGCAAAUUCAGCAAAUAUUCAAAAUUCCACCUGAUGAUAUAUUAAAAAUUUCUGCCAAAACGGGCGUUGGUGUAGGGGAUGUUCUGGAAAGAAUUAUUUCAAAAAUACCACCUCCUGUUGUAUAUUGUGAUAAACCAACUAGAGCUUUGAUUUUCGACAGUUUAUAUGAUCCUCAUAAAGGCGCAAUUGGAUUUAUUAGGAUGAUUGAUGGAAGGCUUACUCAUAUGGAUGAAAUAUAUUUGUGCAACACUAAACUUGAAUCCAAGAUUAAAAAUAUCGGACUGAUGCUACCUGAAUUACAAACGACUGAUGUUUUAGAGAGUGGUCAAGUCGGAUGGUUUUCUGCAAACAUUAAAGAUCCAACUAAAUUAAAAGUUGGAGAUACUCUUGUUAUCAAAAAAGACUUCAGACGAGGUUUAGUUUCACCUGUUUACACAUUUGAAGAUGCAAAGCCUACUGUCUAUUGUGGAAUGUAUCCAACUGAUGGCACCGAUUUUCAGCAAUUAAAAAUUGCAAUGGAAAAGUUGAAGUUGAAUGAUCAUUCUUUCACAUUUGAACCUGAUGAUUCUGGGCUAGCGGGCCAUGGGUUCCAUUGCGGAUUUAAUGGUAUAUUGCAUAUGGAUAUAAUUCGCCAACGCCUAAAUCGCGAAUUUAACGUAUCAGUCAUCAUUACAUGCCCAUCUGUUCCAUAUAAAUGCGAAUUAAGGAAUGGAAACACUGUUUGUAUCAGAGAUGCCUCUCAUUGGCCUAAAGAUGGAACCAUUUGUAAAUGUUACGAGCCUUGGACCGAAUUAACUCUUCAUGUUCCAAAAGAAUCUAUUGGAAAAACCAUGAAGUUAUUAGAAAGGAUGAGAGGGGUUUUUGUUAGUAAAGACGAAACUUCUUCCGUAGUGUUAAAAUAUCAAGCUCCUCUAAUUGAAGUUAUAUCUGAUUUUUUUGAUAACCUUAAAUCCAUCACAAAUGGUUAUGGAUCAUUUGAUUACCAAGAUUUGUUUUACAAGGAAUCUGAAUUGGUUAAAAUUAGGAUAAUCGUAAAUGGUGAAGAGGCACAUGGGUUAUCCACGAUAUGCAUAAAAUCGAAGGCCCACGAAACAGGAAAGAAAAUAGUAGAAGCGUUAAAGGCAACUAUUCCAAGUCAACAAUUCAAAGUCCCUCUUCAAGCUGCUAUUGGGAAUAGAGUUGUAGCAUCAGUAUCAAUUCCUGCGUUGAGGAAGAAUGUUACUCAAGGCUGUUAUGGUGGCGAUCAAAGUAGGAAGAAUAAAUUGCUUGAUAGACAGGCCAAGGGUAAACAGAUGAUGGCUCAGUAUGGUAAAGUUAGAAUACCAGCAGAUUCUUAUAAAGCAGUGAUUAAAGCUAUGAGGAGUCAGCUAUAA